GAGAGAGAGAAGGUAGCUGAGAGAUGAUGUCUAUCUGACCUGUUUUAUUUCCACUCUGCCAGAAUUUCUCUAAAAUUUUUCUACUUCUCUUCUCUUCUCUCAUGGUCUCUCAUCAUUAAUAUAAUUCCAGUUACUGCUAAAAAGAUACAUCUCUCAUAUAUAAUUAUUAUUACAUUAUCAUAAAUAUAUAUUUAACAGCUUUUUUUUUUAAUUACAAAACUAGACUUUGCUGUGUUAUCUCUAAUUUAAUUAAUCAGUGUAAAUAUUUGUUUGUUAUAUAUACUUCCCCCCCAAUUUCAAUUAGUGCGAAAAUAUCUGUCCUCUUCGACUUGUCGGCUUAAAGGUGGAAUAAUAAUUAAAACAAGUAAACUGCGUAACUAACUACGUGACAAAAAAAAAAAAUGAGAAAGUACCUUGCUAUAUUAUUUAAAUAUACUACACACAGCAAGGCGCGAACCUGACACCUCAAAUUACCUUAUUGACAAUAUUGUUAUUAUUUUACAACAUGCAACAAUGCCAAGAAGAUUCUUUUGCUGGAGGGAAAAUUCUUACUUCGGAUUAGACUUUAGACUUAUUAUAUUUUCUGAUUAAAUUUCACCUCCAAUGUGAAUGCCGAGGAACUUUGGUUUAGAGAUACAAAACAGGAGGAGUUCUGAACUACUAUGGGCGCCAAGAAUCGCCAUAAGUAUUACAAUACAUCUAGGAAGAAAAUGACUCUCUUGGACUUAAAAUAAUUACCCUUUGUGUUCUUUCCGUGUUACGUUCUUGGAAUUAUGAAGUUGAGUUGAUGUUUUUAAUGUCAGAAAGUAGACAAAUGUUAAUUGAUGUGCUUCCGGCAUUGUUGAAAGAACCGUUGAAAUGGAAAGUAGCUUCUUUUGGAGAUGCCAACUGAACGUCUGAUUGGAUCGUUAGUCUCUGACAAUCAUUUAUUUACGGUUAGUAGCAGUAGUUGAAGAACUCGGCCGGAUGGUUGUUGUUGUCGUAGUAACCACCUUUCCUUGUUCUGCACCAUAGGAUGGUUUUUAUAUUACCUCCAGUUAGCAUGCAAUACCAUUUCUGUGACCCCUUGUAAAUUCAGAACAGUGUACCAUCACCUGACACAAAUUAAACCUAACCUUCUGGUCAUGUCAUUUUAAAGAAUUCACAAUUUCUGUCUUUUAAGUGCAAAUUACAAAGGAAGCUAUCAGAAAAUGCAAAGAAAAAGAAAUUUGCCCUCAACUGUAAAAAAAUACCAAAACAAAACAAGAUUUGUUCUUCCUUUUUAACGAUUCCAAAAUAAUUCUUAUUGGAUUUUAAUAUUGGAUAAAUUUAACUAAAAUAGAUGUUUAACAAUCUCUGCCCUUUUCCAAACUUGCUGAAGAUUCAGUGGAUAUCCUCCUGUAAACGGUUCUACCACUUGAUGGCUCUGUCUUCAUGUUAAUCUCAGAACCGUUACCAUGGCUUGUUCAUCUGACACUACCACCAGCAGCAGCAGCAGCAGCAAUUUGGCAAACACUGAAACUGGAUUUGGCAGCGUCUUGACCCUUAUUAAAGCUACCACAUCAGACACAAAACCUAAAUAUAACAUGAACUUUUUAUCAGAAAAGGACUGCGUGUGGCCCCGUAAUUAUGCUGCGUCUAGUCAAUCAAACAUUUCCUCAGAUAACGACAUGACGUGGUCUGGUGAAAACGAUGUGACGCUUUUCACCGAUGAAAAAGAUGACACUUCGGAUAUUAAUUUCAAAUCUGAAGAAUUAAACAAUUCUAGUAAGAUAGACAGUGUAAAAGACAUUAAUGCCAAACCUAGGGGCCCAACACUUAUCUCAAGCGAUGGCUCAACUCCAUCUAUUCAACCUAAAUCCAGUGAUGGAUCUAGGUCCACAGAGAGGAUUUGUACAGCUAACACUAAUCCUCAGCUCAUAGUCUCAACACAUUCCUCAGACAAAGUCGAUAAUGGCUCCGUUCCCAAUAAUUUGACUUUGUCUUCUGAAAACAGACUCGGCUCCAAGUUUAAAAAAACUGUUACUUCAAGCGAACAAGGUCUUGAUCGGAGCCCUGCUCUAACAUCUAGGGUCUCCAAGGCAGCAUCGGUAACCAGUGCUUCAUUAAGUAGUUCCAAAUUAUCCCAAGACGAAACAACUUCUCCACUGAGUUUGUCACCGCAGAAAGAAGAUAGCUUGGAUGAGGUCAAAGUUUGCACGUCGCCAUUUCCGAACCAAACGUACAUCCAUCGUUAUGGGAAGACCUACUCCGCUCACGGCAAUCUGACCCCUCUACCCGGGAAAAGUCAUAGGAAAUAUGGAAAGACUUAUUCACCUCGAGGCAAUGUCAACCCUAAACCUGAUGCAACUGUCACAGCCACACUGUCAUCGUCUCUGUUGUCCCAGGACAAUCUCUACGGCAACAGGGAUAAGAAUUUUAACGUCCUUGAUUUAAAAACACUCUCUUCUUCGUCUUCUUCAUCAUCAUCAUCCUCAUCAUCUUCACAUUUGGAUGCUGUCAGUGUAAUUGCAAAAUCUAUGGCAACAGAAAAGAAUGAAAUGAAAUUGUCUUCGAGUCUUUUGUCCAACAGCAAAAACACCUUUGUCCAAAAAAAGUCAGUGAUAAACCUUACAAAGGGUCCGCCUGAGAAAUUAUUAGGGAACGCCAGUCAAAAAAUCGAUAUAUCCUCUGGAACUCUAGACCUCCAGCGAAACAGAAUGGUAAUACUGAACAAUAAGACGAGUAGGAAACCUUUUGUUACCGUCUACCUGGUAUCAAAGAAUGACACCGGCACUAAUAUCUAUGAUAGCAACAAAAGCACCUGUUCCGUAACUGAAUACCACGAUGUGAAGAAUGGCAAAGGGGGUUGUUCAAAGGUGGGCCAUCCGCAGAUAACUGCCAAAAGCGAAGCUAAUAAUACUGUUGUUAAUUUAAAUAAUGUUCUUGUACAGUCUCUCCAUGACUACAAAGAAAAUGGUAUUCCUGCUCGUAGCUUAUUGACUCCAGAAUCAUUGAAGAAUGUGACGAAAGAAAAUGCCGAAGCCACUGAUGGUUCUUCCACUUUGUUCCACAAUCCACAGCCACAGUUGCAAUCCAAUGACACGAAGAAUUUUCCAAAAUUUAAAGAAUCUGCUACACAUGUUAGUGCUCGUGUUGAAACUUUGGCAUCAGAUGCUGGCGGGAAGAAGGACCAGGAUGUCCCUGCUCUUGUAGAACCGCAGCGCAGUAAAUCGUCCAAAACGAACGAGGCUGUUGCCAAACUGCAUUUAGGAGGGAAGCCUGAGCAAUUAGCUGUUAAUAAUCCUGGAAUUGGUAAAGGUAACGUGCAAAUGUCUUUGAAAACUAACAGCUUCGAGAAAGUGAAAGUGAAGAAAGAGAUGCCAGAUACCAGCGAGGAAGAAGGUAAUGGUGUAAUGAAGGUUUCUUCAGGUGCAAAAUCAAACGAAAACAGUCCUGCAGGGCUGAAAAAGCAGUUUUCCUUGAUUUGUUCUUGCUCAUCAGGCAAAGUGAGUAAAAAGGAGGUGGUCGGGACCCACCAACUGACCGCUGGUCCUUCUGGUGCAAGUUCGACACAGAAGAAAGCUGUCGAUUCAAACACCAACACAGGUGGGUCCGAUUUGAUGGUGGAAGUGAAGUCUGAGAAAUCCGAGGAGGAAAACGAUAACUAUCACUCACCUGUCGUUAAAUCCAAGAGCGAUCAUUCCUACAACACAGGUGUUAAAAUUUAUGGCAAGAAUUCAGCCGACAAUAUUACCAAAGAGAAAAAUGUACUUUCACGGUCAGCAGAAUCUCUUGAAAAUUUCACACCUAAAGUUAAAACUGACAAAAGUGAAUUAACUUUGAAUGCAACUAAGAACUGCAAUGAAACCGUUUCUUUUAAUAUAAAAUCUGAGAAAGGUUUGUCUUCAUCUUGUAUCUUAACUAAAUGUCCUGAUGCAAGUGCUAAUUCCAAAACUAAAAACGAGCAUUCAGUUGUGGAUACUAAAGAAUCUCUCAAGAGCUUGCCUUCAAAACAGAAUGUUAAACAGCUUCCUUCUCAAAGCAGCAUCUCAAAUAAUUCCUCAACAGUUGUGUCUUUGAAGAAAGUGCAAUGUUCACCCAAGUCAUUGCUUAAUAACCCCCCUGUUUCUUUGGAGCCAAACACAAAGAAUUUAAAAACCGUUACUGUCAUCAAAACAGAACCAAAUUCUUUUGACUGUGCCCCUCUUCAAAACCCUAAUGUUUCCACAAACAUAGAAACAAGCAAAAAGACUUUGAAACCCAUUGCUGACAUUAAGAAGGAACCAAAUUCUUCAGAACCUUCCUCCCUUCCUUUGAACAUGGAAGCAAAUAAAAAGGCUUUAAAAACUGUCAUUAAAACAGAACCUAAUUCUUCAGAUUCUGCCCCUCCUCAAAACUUGAAUGUUCCUGUGAAUAUGGAAACAAACAAAAAGACUUUGAAAACUGUUACUGACAUUAAGGUGGAACCUAAUUCUCCAGAGUCUGUGAAAAACGGUAAGUCGCUGGUUACUGCUAGCGAGCCAACCAAAUCAAAACCUCAGCAACAUAAACCUGUUCUUCAUACUAAUGAUACACCCACAUCUGUUCCUUUAACUCUGGAAAAGGCAAGGUCUCUUUCUUAUGUUACAUCAGACAAGGACAAAAGCAAGAAUUCGGUAGGGCCAACAGCCGUUGGUAAUUCAACCAGCGUUUGUUCCCCACCAUUUCCUCUUAAACGCAGCACCAACGCCACGGUCAGCACACCAGUGGCUUCUGCAACUACUUCAAGUAAUAAAACGUUUGUUCAUAGCACUUCUGGUGUCCCGAAUGCGCCAAUUUACUCAACAUGCAGUACUCAAACUUCAAGUUUCACGGCUACUAACUCUCAGAAAGCUGGUGCCAUGAAUGAUGGCUGUAGCAAACCUGGAGUUAAAGCUGUGUCUAAACCUUGUUCAGAUAACCCCAGUGGGAAAAGUGCUGCUCUCGAUGCUAAAGGCUUGGGGAAUUGUGCUAGUAACAAAGUGUCAAGGACUUCGAAUGAUGCUAAAUCGGUGGCACCCGAUCCAUUGCCUCAUAAGCGAUUGCCAGUGGUUAGUAGUACAACUAGUACUGUUGAUAUUAAAGAGAAACCACUUCUAAUUCCCAGACAACUACAAACAGUCCGUGUUAAGAUUGAAGAUAAACAACAUUCACCACCUAAACAGCUUAAGGUUGCUCAUAGUAGUACUAAGACUCAUCAUAAAUCACUUUCAGCAUCUAAACACCAGUCAGCGGUUAAUACCAGUACCAAGACUGAUCAUAAGUCAUCCCCACUUCCUAAACAACUAUCAAUAGUUAAUACCAAUAUUAAGACUGAUCAUAAGUCACUUCCAGCAUCAAAUCAGCAGUCGACAGUUUAUAUCAAUAUUAAGACUGAUCGUAAAUCACUUCCAGCAUCAAAUCAGCAGUCAACAGUUAAUACCAGUACUAAGACUGAUCGUAAAUCACUUCCAACAUCUAAACAACUGUCAGUGGUUAAUACCAGUACUAAGACUGAUCAUAAAUCGCUUCCAGCAUCCAAACAAGUGUCAACAGUUAAUACCAGUACUAAGACUGAUCAUAAAUCGCUUCCAGCAUCCAAACAAGUGUCAACAGUUAAUACCAGUACUAAGACUGAUCAUAAAUCAGUUCCAACAUCUAAACAACUGUCAGUGGUUAAUACCAGUACUAAGACUGAUCAUAAAUCGCUUCCAGCAUCCAAACAAGUGUCAACAGUUAAUACCAGUACUAAGACUGAUCAUAAAUCGCUUCCAGCAUCCAAACAAGUGUCAACAGUUAAUACCAGUACUAAGACUGAUCAUAAAUCAGUUCCAACAUCAAAUCAGAAGUCAACGGUUAAUACCAAUAUUAAGACUGAUCAUAAAUCAGUUCCAACAUCUAAACAACUGUCAGUGGUUAAUACCAGUAAUAAGACUGAUCAUAAAUCACUUCCAGCAUCCAAACAAGUGUCAACAGUUAAUAGCAGUACUAAGACUGAUCAUAAAUCGCUUCCUGCAUCAAAUCAGCAGUCAACAGUUAAUAUCAAUAUUAAGACUGAUCAUAAAUCACUUCCAACAUCUAAACAACUGUCAGCGGUUAAUACCAGCACUAAGACUGAUCAUAAAUCACUCCCAGCAUCUAAACAACUGUCAACAGUUAAUACCAGUACUAAGACUGAUCAUAAGUCACCCCUAGUUCCUAAACAACAGUCAACAGAUGUUAAUACCAAUACUAAGACUGAGCAUAAAUCACAUUCAUCUAAACAACUGUCAACAGUUGCUAAUGUUAAUUCUAAACCUAAUCCUAAGUCACUUCUAAUCCCUAAGCAACCACAAGCAGUUCCUAAUAGUAAUCCUAAGACUGGUCAUAAACCACUUGUGACAGUGAUUAAUGUUAGGGUGGAAGAUAAACCACUUUCAGCUCAUAAGCAUCAACCAAUAGUUGCAAAUAUUAAGGUUGAAAAUAAGAGUUUUUUGCCGGCACCUCGUCCAAAUACUUCUGGCGUUUCAAGAGUUCUUGUGCAAACGUGUUCUAAGAAUACCUUGUUGGUGUCACCUGCCGGAUCUCCAGCUCGGCCGCUGGAAAGUCUCAGUAAGGCAGCCGGCAAGCAACAGAAAGGCAAUCGGAUUCUGUGGAAUACAUACUGCUAUUCCUGUUGGCAGCGGAACCGCACCAAAUAUGUCUCGAAAAAAUAUAAUAAUAACAAUAAGAAUCGUAAGAGGGGCAGCAACAACAUGUGCAAAAACUGCGGGGCUUCCUUGCUAGGAAAACAAAGCAAGAAGUGGAAGUCGUCCAGCAUGUUGCUUGACCGUCGGACUUGUAGGACCAGUGAUGGUGUCGGUGGUGGUGGCGGUGGUGGUCGCAUCACGAACAGAAAACGAGGACUGCAUUUUACCUGCUUCAGCUGUCAGCUUCAGUUCUCGAGCCGAUGUGCAUUCACUGCCCACACGUUGGUCCACCACGCUCUCCGGCCGUAUAAGUGCCGGCUGUGCGGACAAUCAGCAGCGUCGAAGCAGUUUCUUCAGAGGCACCUUCGAACACACACGACAGGGAGACGACAGUUUCAGUGUUCCGCUUGUCUUAAAAAGUUCCUGUAUCUGUGUAAUCUCCGUGUGCACAGUCGUCGACAUCAGAAUGAGAAGAGAUUGUUCCAGUGCUCCAGUUGUUGCCAUCGUUACAGUCGGAGCAGAACCCUCGCCAAACACAAAUGCUUCUUCGCUCAUGGAACCAAAUCUAAAUCUGUCUCCGAGUCUAAAACGAGGUCUGUAAACGUGAUGAAAUCUCAGCCUCCACAGCCGGAACAAUGCCGACAGUAUGGUGCAAAACCAGAGCAAACGGGAUGUAGCAAGCAGCUGAAGAAUGCGUCCCAGAGGAAACAAUUCUCAUCAGAUUCCGUGGAAGUUGAUAAUGGUAAAGCUGGUGUGGUCGGCGUACGCCAACAACCUGAUGGCAUUAAACAGCUUUCUACCGAUGCCUCUGAUUGUAGCGGUAGUAGUAGUAUUAGUAGUGGUGGUGGUGAUAACGAUGUUGGCAGAAAAACUUCUUCAUCAUCAACGGAUUUAAUGAACGGUCUGAUAUCACCAGCAGCAAGUAAGAGGAAACCGUCUGCGACAGUAGCAGAGAAACUUCUAUCUGCUUCUUCUUCAGUUGCCAAGGAAAAUUCUUCAUCAAAAGACUCACCAUCUAGUUUGAAAAUGUCGCCAGCAGCGAGCAAGGAGAACAUGUUGAUGCUAGUCACAGACAAACCACUUUCCGCUCUCUCUGUUGAUGGUUCCAAGAGGAAUGAUUCUUCUAGUAUUGAUAACAAACCUGUCUUUGUUUAUGGUGUGGCAGUGAAAGUUGAAAAACCUGCCGCCAAAGUGUUGAACUCAAAAUCUCCUCUUCUUGGGGCCACAGAUAAAGUUGUAACUUCUCUCCCUCAGAAACCUACCACGAAGUCUGAAUGUUCAAAUCAGUUACAGGCUGCCGAUGUGGAUGAAAAGAAUACCUGUCAAGAUUUGAGCUCAGGUUCCAAGAAGGCAGUGUCUCAGAACUCUGUGAAGAUCGAGAAGGAUUUAGACGAUGAGGUUACGAAAACUCAGAUAAUAAAAUCCGAAGAUGAUGUAGGAAACGGCUCAUCUUCAGCGUGUUUGGUUUCUAAACUCAGUUCUAAAAUGGGUGAAUUGCAUGGCGAUUGCAAAGAUAACAGAAGGGCCAAAGAGCAAUUGAAUGUGUUACCUUUGGAAAAAAAGUUUGUUAAAGAAACAAUUGGUGUAGGGGCUGAUAAAAAGGAGCCAGAGGUGAAAGCAGAAUUGGGCAGUGUUGCGCCUGGUACCCUGCCAGGUGUGGUGGCUCUCCCUGGGGAAGAUGGAAAGAAGGAGAAGAAAGACAUUGGUAUUGAACACUCAGAAACGAAGGGAAGGUCAGGUAAUAACCAAUCAAUGGCUGUGGUGAUUGCGGAUGAAGAUAAUAAGGCUGUGAAUGUUGAUGUGACUGACAAUGAGGGCAAGGGGAAGAAAGCCGCAGUUAAGGAGAUGAAGAAGGUGGAUGCUGGAAGUGUUGUUUUGGUAAAAGAAGAGGAGCCGAGAGUGGCUGUUGAAGGUGGUGCCGAAGGUGUGGGAGUUGAUCGGACGAGUUCCAGAGUUAAGCUGAAAGAUAAGGAAGUGAAAACGCAAAGUGGUGAUGAAGGGAGCAAAAGGGAGAAGCCACAUUGGGCGAUGGAGCCGAAGGGUCAGAGUGGCGAAGAUGGGGAACUGUGUUGUGAAAGGAAGGAUAACAGAAAGAGAAAAGAAAGCAAGGCACCACUAACGGAAGAUGAAGAAGAGGAAGAAGAAGAGUUGGAGAAAGAACUCAAAGACAUUCAGGUGUUGAACAAAGAUCUGAAUGUAAAAGAGUUGGGUGGGGAGGCUGAAGAGGAAAUGCUUGAAUGCCAGACGCCGGUCUCAGAAAUUAUUGAAUCUCAUGAGUUCCACGAACAAGAAAGGGUCAUAUUUCUUCCGAACGCAUUGCCUGAUGGGAAAAUGAGCAAUGGCUCCGAGACGGACGGCAACCUCAUUAAGUUGCCUCGUACCAUCAGGCAAUGUGUGACCGUUGAUGGUGACUAUGUCAGUGGACAACCAAUUAAGGUGGGAUCUACCGAUGUUACUGCUGCCGAUCCUAGCAAACUUAGUACUGCUGUGAUAUAUUCUCCCAGUCAUCAGAGAGAAAAACUAGUAGAAAGUUCUGGUAGUGGCCAAAAUAAAAACUGCUGGCACAAAGAAGAUGGUGAUAAUAAUGAUGAUGAUGUUAAGGGUGUGAUCCCGGCAUCCAAACUGUCUUUACAUGACUUGAAGAUUAGCUCGAUUUUUGGAGCCUGUAAAAGCGAUAAUAGUAGCAAGCUGUUAGAAAAGAGUGAACGACAGCAGCAUGAUGUGCGGUCGGGUGAAACAACAGCGCUUACCGAUGGUAAGAAUGACCAAUUGCUACAAGUGUCCAAGGACGGUCUUGGUGGUCAAGGGGAAGAUCAUAGUUUCACAUCAACAGAAGGCGUGACCGUUAAGACCAAUGUUGGUGGAAACCAUGACCCUUCACUCGACAGUCAGUCGACAGUCACACCCAAAGAACAAUUGAAAAUUUUAGAGCGUGUCCGUUCGCUGCCCAAGCGGAAGUGUAAGAAACCUGUAAAAUAUUUCUGUGAUGACUUCAUUUCGUCUUUGUCCGAGAGUCCUGGAAAGUCCAAGGACAAACUUCAGAAUCCAUCAUCUUCCACAACUGUUCCACGUGUAUCAUCUCCACAGACAGCAUCGUCAAAUACUCGACACUCGUUACCGUCAUCAUCUCUGUCGUCAUCUUCCUCGUCAUCAUCUUCGUUGUCAUCUUCGUUAUCAUCGUUAUCGUCGUCAUCGUCGUCUGCUGCGUCCACGUCAUCAUCCAAACCUUUGUCUUGUGAUAAAUCUGAUCAGCUUAAUAAUCAAAAUGCUACUACGAGAGAGAAAAAACCCGCGGCAGAAAAAUGUGAGGAAGAGAAGAAAGAGAAGGGCAACAACAACAACAACAGCAACAACAACAAUAGCAGAAAGCGGAAAUUGUCAGAAACCGCUCCUGGAUCGAAGUCUAAGAAGUCUUUGAGAUGUAGCAAGAAAGUGGAGCCCAAAGAUGAGAAUUCUAAUAGCGGCAGCGUUGAAGAGGACAUGAAAGUGGACAGGAAGCACGUUUUGAAGAACUUCUUGAAACUUCGGUUCAGUACGUCUACGCAAAGUAAGGAGAAACACGAUCAAGAGAAACUUCUCGGUCAGAAGGUGCUCAAAAAACACACGGUGAUUCCAAAGACGGCGAAAGUUCGUAAAGUGCCGCCGUCUCCUCCUAAGAAGAAUCGACCAAUGUCGAAUUCAUCUUAUGGUCUUCUUAAAAUGGCGGCUGCUGACCGAGGACUACUGCUGCCCGAUCCACCGAAAUUAAGGAGACCUGUUAGCAUCUUGCCCAAAGUGGAUCCCGAUGUGAGUAAGGUACUGGUAACCCUACCUGACCCCCAGAAAGAUUAUUCUUGUCUGCAGCAAGAACCUCUUCACGAUGAGAAACCUGCUGCAGCCAGUGUAAUGUCACGUCGCGACGAGAUCCUUAAGAACUUGAUCCAUUUCAAAUACGACACGCCAUCCUUUCCGGAAGUGUCCGUGGAGGAAGAGAGUCAUAAGCCCGGUGGUGGUGGUGGUGGUUUGCCGAAGAAAUCCGAAGUGUUUGAUAUGCGAACGGAACCGAUCCAACUGACGAAACUCUUGGAGCGGCCAAUUGUUGCUACCGUUCCGCCGCUCAACCUUGCUUUGAUCCCGACAUCCUGUCCUAUCGGGAUGAUGACCCCAAUGCCGCCAACAACACCAGCAGUAGCAGCGACACCAAUAACAACAUUAACAACACCGCCACAAAUGACAAUGACUGCCACAACAGCCACCUUACCAAUAUCGACGCCGUUGCCAUAUCCCUCAGCUGCUGUUUCUGUUAGACCCCCAUCUGCUUCAACGGUUCCGGUGUUACCUACCAUAAUGCCAAAUAUGAAGAGUGACUAUGAUUUCAAAAGAAGCUUGGUCCCUGGCGAAUAUCCAUCCGGCGGGGCAAUGAUACCCCUGGCGCCGGAGCAGGCCCACACGUGCUGCGAGGCCAUGCAACCAAACUUCUACGAGAAAGGAACCUUGCUGUACACGAUGCCGAUGGUAGAACCGAAAUCCAAGAUGGAAGUUCCGUCGUAUUCGUUGGUGAGCGUCAAGAUGGAACACGUGUCCCCGGCGCCCGACACCUUCUGCGGGGAGCAGCCCGACAACCAGUACGGACUGAGAAUCAGCGAUGUGACCGGGAAUAUUUCCAUGUCUGACCCCCUCUCCUUGAUCCCCCCUGCGGUCCCGGUUACCGAAGAAGACUCAAAGUUGUCCGUUGCCAAUGCACUUCUGCAGGACCCACCGGACGACAAGGCGAAGGACUGGGCCAUAACGAGGCGCCGUCCUCUGAGGUGCACAUUAGUCGAGAAUGAAGAUGGCCUGGGACGUUCCAUAUUUUCAUUCGAAUGCUGUGGCCAGUCAUUUUCGCAACCCAUGGACUUAGCUCGUCAUCUUGAUCAUUGCCAUAAGUAAUAUAUAUAUAUAUAUAUAUAUAUAUUUAUAUAUAUAUAAUAUAUAUAUAUACACAUAUAUAUAUAUUUAUAUAUCUUCAUGUAUACUUACACAAACACCGCAUACAUACAUAUGAAUUUAUAGCA